ACAGCGCGGGCGCGGCUUCCCCAGUCCACGGCAGCGGCCUCUGCACCCGCGGCGGCGGCAGCAGCAUCUACGCCCGCGGAGCCGCCGAUGCGUGUCCAGUGACCCGAACAUCAAGGCCCGCGCGCAGCGGGGGCGGCGGCAGGCGCCCGGCCACCGUGACCCCGAUUUUGGAUUUACCGCUCGGGGGGUGGGGGGAGUCUGGAUUUAACUGGCGACUGUUUUGGGGGACGCCGGAAGCCAUGUUGUGGAAAAUAACCGAUAAUGUCAAGUAUGAAGAGGACUGCGAGGAUCGCCACGACGCGAGCAGCAACGGGACCCCGCGUAUCCCGCACCUCUCUUCGGCCGGGCAGCACCUCUACAGCCCCGCGCCGCCCCUCUCCCACACUGGGGUCGCCGAGUACCAGCCUCCCCCGUACUUCCCGCCUCCGUACCAGCAGCUGGCGUACUCGCAGUCGGCCGACCCCUACUCGCAUCUGGGCGAAGCCUACGCCGCCGCUAUCAACCCCCUGCACCAGCCGGCGCCUACCGGCAGCCAGCAGCAGGCCUGGCCCGGCCGCCAGAGCCAGGACGGUGCGGGCCUGGCCUCGCACCACGGGAGGCCGGCCGGCCUGCUGCCCCACCUCUCCGGGCUGGAGGCCGGUGCGGUGAGCGCCCGCAGGGAUGCCUACCGUCGCUCCGACCUGCUCUUGCCCCACGCGCACGCCCUGGAGGCCGCCGGCCUGGCCGAGAACCUGGGGCUCCACGACAUGGCGCACCAGAUGGAGGAGGUGCAGAAUGUCGAGGACCAGCACCUGCUGCUGCACGAUCAGACUGUUAUUCGCAAAGGUCCUAUUUCAAUGACCAAAAACGCCCUUAGCCUCCCCUGUCAGAAGGAGCUGGUGGGAGCUGUAUUGAAUCCCACCGAAGUCUUUUGCUCGGUCCCUGGAAGAUUGUCUCUCCUCAGCUCCACGUCUAAAUAUAAAGUGACCGUGGCUGAAGUACAGAGGCGAUUGUCGCCGCCUGAAUGCUUAAAUGCCUCAUUACUAGGAGGUGUCCUCAGAAGAGCCAAAUCUAAAAAUGGAGGCCGGUCGUUGCGGGAGAAGUUGGAUAAGAUUGGAUUGAAUCUUCCGGCUGGGAGGCGGAAAGCAGCCCAUGUGACUCUCCUGACAUCCUUAGUAGAAGGUGAAGCCGUUCAUCUGGCUCGGGACUUUGCGUAUGUCUGUGAAACUGAAUUUCCUAGCAAACCGGUGGCGGAAUACUUAACCAGACCUCAUCUCGGAGGACGGAAUGACAUGGCCAGUAGGAAGAACAUGCUGCUGGCAGCACAGCAAGUGUGUAAAGAAUUCACAGAGCUUCUCAAUCAAGACCGGACACCACAUGGGAAUGGCAGGCCCACCCCGGUCUUGGAGCCGAACAUACAGAACUGCUUGUCUCAUUUCAGCCUGAUUACCCACGGGUUUGGCAGCCUGGCCAUCUGCGCAGCAGUAUCUGCAGUGCAGAACUACAUCAAAGAAGCCCUGAUAGUCAUAGACAAAUCCUAUAUGAACCCCGGAGACCAGAGUCCAGCUGAUUCUAACAAAACCCUGGAGAAAAUGGAGAAACACAGGAAAUAAAACAGGGAUGAACAAAGGGUCAGAGUUGGGAAGGAAAAGGACUGCAAAAUCCUCUGGACCCGUACAGACCCGGGAACCCCUCUUGCCUGGGGGAAGAGUUUAUCUACCUUACUGUUAAAAAGGCCUCCAUCGAUUUCUGGAUGGGCAGUGAUCUUGACAUACCCUCUUGGAUUCCUUAGUUGUUUCUCUAGCACUGAAGUAUCUCCUAACUUUGGACAUAUUAUCAGAAGGUGACAAGUACUGGUUCUUUAUUCAUUAAGCUUUUAUUUUAUUUUAUUUUUUGUUUGCUUGUUUUUUAUUGGAUGAUCACAGCACAUUUUAUUUUUUUUGAACCCCAUUCUUUCUUUCCCUGAAAGUGGUGCUACAAGUUUUAGAACCUUUUAAAUAAAUU